CCCUUUUCUUGAAGACCGUGCAGUGAGUGCAUAUUUAAACAUCGAUUAAUGUUGUCCUCAAGUUUUUUGUUUUGUUUUAUGCGUUAUUAUUCAUUUUCUACCGUGUCCACCGAAGAGCGGCGGUCUGGAGAGUACAGUCGAGCUGUAAAAAUAGCUGCAGCUUGGGGAAACACGUGUGAAAGAAGUCCCACUGCUCAGACUGACUGCAGCUAGCAACGCUCCGAACGAAAAACGACAAAAGCUUAUCCGGUGUGCUUUUGAAGGCUCUGCUAGAGGGAACGGGGGAGAGCGAUACAGAGACAGAACUAGGGAGACCCGAUGCAGACCACCUGGAUACUCCAACACAAGAUGGUUAGUGCUGUUUUGUGAUGUUUGGAUGAUGGCGGAGGGACAGGCGAUUUUAUCCGGAUCGGAACCGUUGCUUAAUCCAGCCGCUAUACUGGAAACAGAGUCAGCGUCCGAGAUGACUGGGUACAACACUGAGCACUCGGAGCCGCACCAUCUUUCCACUAGCCGGGCUUGCCUGGAGAUUGCGGCGGCGGCGAUCGGUAAAUGUGCCGGAGGAGCGGAGCCCGUGGUCUCCAACGGAAGAUGUAAGGAGGAUGGGAGCUCCCAUUCCGGGAGCAACAGCAGCAGCAGCGGUUGGGAUAAUUCUGCGGAAGGGAAUCCGGCUAACCCUCGAAGCAGCAUCAUGAAGGACGGGUCCCGUCAGAGGCAGGUUCGGAAGAAGACAGUAUCCUUCAGCUCCAUGCCCAAUGACCGCAAGAUCAACAGCACAGCGGCCUGCAUGUCCUUCAUGGUGGAGGGCUGUGAGAUGAAGAAAGUACGCUCCAACUCCCGGAUGUACAACCGCUUCUUCAUCCUGGACCCGGACAUGAGGUACCUGCGAUGGGAGCCCUCCAAAAAGGACUCUGAGAAAGCCAAGCUGGAGAUCAAAACCAUCAAGGAGGUGCGGCUUGGCAAGAAGACCCCCGUGCUCCGCAGCAACGGCCUCUCGGAUCAGUUUCCUGACGAGUGCGCCUUCUCAAUCAUAUAUGGGGAGAAUUACGAAUCCCUGGACUUGGUAGCAAGCUCUGCGGAUAUCGUGAACACUUGGGUGAUGGGUCUGAGGUAUCUGGUGUCCUAUGGGAGGCAUCCUGUUGAGGCCAACCCAACAAGCCUGAGGACCUCCUGGAUCUCCUCUGUGUUUGAGGUUGCUGACUUCAAGAAAGAAGGUCAGAUUGUCUUGUCCAGGGCUGUUCAGAUCAUUAAAGGACUGAAUCCAGGAAUGAAGGCUUCCAGGAUCGAGCUGAAGUUUAAGGAGCUGCAGAAAUCCAAGGGUAGGACCGGAGAGGACAUCACAAGUGAAAUCUUCACUGAGGCCUACUGUGAGCUGUGCACCAGGCCGGAGGUCUUCUUUCUCCUCGUGCAAUUCUCCAGCAACAAGGAGUAUCUGGACUGUAAAGAUCUGAUGCUCUUUGCAGAGAUGGAGCAAGGCAUGGAAGGGGUGACGGAGGAGAUGUGCGCAGAGAUCGUCAACAAGCAUGAGCCAUCCAGGGAAGGCAGGGAAAAAGGCUACCUCUCCAUCGAUGGCUUCACCCACUACCUCCUGUCUUCGGAGUGCCACAUCUUCGAUCCCCAGCAGAGGAGAGUCUGCCAGGACAUGACCCAGCCGUUGUCUCACUACUACAUCAACUCAUCCCACAACGCCAGCUACUUAGAAGAUCAUUUCUGGGGUUCCUCGGAUAUAAGCGGCUAUGUCCGAGCCUUGAAAAUGGGAUGCCGGAGCUUAGAGCUUGUGGUGUGGGAUGGGCCUGAUAACGAGCCUCUAAUAUAUGUCGGACACUCUGUUUCAUCGCAGGUUGCCUUCUGCAAGGUUAUUGAUGUGAUCAAUCAGUAUGCGUUUGAAGCGUCCGAGUACCCAUUGAUUCUUUGCUUGGUGACGCACUGCUCAGUCCGGCAACAGAAAGUCAUGGCUCAACACAUGAAGAAGAUUCUCGGGGAUAAACUCUAUCUAGAUCCGCCUGACACGGAAGAGAAUUAUUUGCCCUCUCCCGAGAAACUCAAGAGAAAAAUCCUCCUUAAAGGUAAGAAGUUAACCCCAAACUACCCUGAUUCUGAAGGAGAUGUCACUGACGAAGAUGAAGGGUUGGAGGUGUCUGGAAGGUUGGGAGAAGAGUAUAAGGACCAGAUGAAUGGAAGGCUAAGGCUCUGCAAAGAGCUUUCUGACCUGGUCUCCUUGUGCAAGUCCGUCCAGUUUAAAGACUUUGAGGUGUCCAAGAGAUACCAGAAAUACUGGGAGAUAUGUUCGUACAAUGAGGUGGACGCUAAUAGGUUUGCCAAUGAAUACCCGGAAGACUUUGUCAGCUACAAUAAGAGGUUCCUCUCGAGGGUGUACCCAAGUCUGAUGAGGAUUGAUGCCAGUAACAUGAACCCCCAGGACUUCUGGAAAUGUGGCUGCCAGAUGGUCGCCAUGAACUACCAGACUCCCGGACUGAUGAUGGAUCUCAACAUUGGCUGGUUCUGCCAAAAUGGGAACUGUGGCUACGUGCUUCGGCCAGCUAUCAUGAGGGAGGAGGUGUCCUACUUCAGUGCCAACGCAAAGGACUCCCUGCCCGGGGUCUCGGCUCAGCUGCUCCACAUGAAAAUCAUUAGCGGCCAAAACCUACCCAAACCUAAGGGCUCCGGUGCCAAAGGAGACGUCGUGGAACCAUACAUCUACGUGGAGAUUCACGGGAUCCCAGCUGACUGCACGGAGCAAAGGACUAAAACCGUCACUCAAAAUGGAGACAAUCCGAUUUUUGAUGAGAGUUUUGAGUUUCAGAUCAACCUGCCGGAACUGGCGGCUUUGCGUUUUGUGGUCCUGGACGAUGACUACAUAGGGGACGAGUUUAUCGCACAGUAUACCAUCCCCUUCGAAUGCCUCCAGCCUGGGUACAGGCAUGUGCCCCUCCAGUCUUUGACCGGAGAGUUCCUGGCGAACACCACCUUGUUUGUACACAUAGCUAUCACCAAUCGGAGAGGAGGGGGAAAAGCGCACAAGCGGGGUCUGUCAGCACGGAAAGGAAGAAAAGCACGGGAGUAUACGUCUACUAGAACUACCGGGAUCAAGGUCAUCGAUGAAGUCUUUAGGGCAGCCACGCAGCCACUUCGAGAGGCUACUGAUCUCAGGGAGAAUGUCCAGAACGCCAUGGUGUCCUUCAAGGAGCUGUGUGGCCUGACCCCUGCUGCGAACAUGAAGCAGUGCAUCCUGACUGUGUCGACCUGGCUGCUGAACAGUGACAACACCAAGCUGGUGACUCUGAACCUGAGUGAGCGCUACCCAGCCAUGGAGGCACAGGGACCAGUCCCUGAACUUUUUCGCAAGGUGCUCACCGCCUACAAUGUGAUGAUUCAGACCAGUCGGACUCUGAUCGAAUCUGCGGACGCUGUCUAUGCCAAGAUCAUGCAGACUCAGAGGACUGGCAGCACAUGGCAACACAGAAACAGAGAAGAAACAGUGGGAGACUUCCCAGCCCUUUGGUGGUUAGAAAUAACCGUAGCUGCUAUGAAAAGGAUGGAUUUCUAUGAAGACUUGCACAGGAUAGGAUCUAAGGAGGGUCUGAAGGGAAGAAAGAUGCAGAAAGCCAUGGAGAGGUUUGCCUGGAGCAUCACAGUAUUAAAGGGCCAAGCGGACCUCCUGAAACACGCCAAGACCGAGGCCCUAGACACCUUCCGGCAGAUCCACUACGCAGCGCAGUCCUGUGGCCUGAACAAGAACACCUCUGCCUCCCCCGACCUGCUCCGCACGCAGCUGGGGCUGGAGCCCAUUCCCGAGACUGAGAACGGGAGCGACGUCGGCUCCUGCUGACCCCGGCACGAGGAAGCAGGCAGGGAGGGACUGGAAAGGGUGGAUCCUUUGACAGCCUUGAACUAGCCACCUUGAAACAAAAAUGCAAUCCCACAAUCCAUCUCCAGAACUGUUCCAGUGCACUUUGUGGAUGAUUGCUAGACAGUGGCAACCAAUGUGGAGUCUGUGACUGGUCUCUAGAGGUGCAUUCAGCAAGUCGACCCUUUCUAGCACAGUGAGGCUAACCCCAGACCAAGCUCAUCUGAUCCUCCUGAACUUUGACAGGGAUCCACAGCUUUCUCAUUCUCUAGGUGGAGAAGUGCUGAAGCAGGUGGAGUCGUUUUUACGUGCAGAGGAAAAUCUUUAAAUGAACAGGUUUUAAAACUCAAACGACUCUUAACUGCUGAUUUAACCUGAUUUUGGCAAGCUCUUGUGCAUUGAGUGUUCAUUUCAGCUGGGAUUGUAUGAAAAACCCCCCAAAAAAUAACGUAACUUUUAUUCUGUUAAUGACUACUGUGAAUCUUGUACGACUGACAAACUGCAGCAGGACUAUUAAAAAUCGUAACUGUAA